UUGUAUUUUUAGAAGGAUUCACCGCAGGGGCGCCUGGCUGGCUCAGCUGGUGGAGCAGGAGACUCUUCAUCUCACAGUGCGUGUGCAGCCUACUUUAAAAGAAAAGAAAAAAAGGGGGGUGGGGGCGGGGGUGGGGAGGAAUCUUUGCAGUCGCCUUCCAGGUACAGGAUAUGGUGUGGAAAGGUGUCCGACCCCAUCUCCUGCCCAAACCGCAGCCACCUCAUUCCCAAAGCAGAGGAAGCCCGCCCAGGGCGCCCUGGAGCGCCUUCCCGUACCGCCGGCACGGAGCUCAGCGGCACCUCGGGGAAAACCUCCGCCCCGCGGGCCAAGGGCCCACCAGCCUUCCCCACACGCGGGAGGUUACUUCGAUGAGCCGUUUUGCGGCACGAAGGGGAAACUGAGGCCCGGUGAAGGGCAGAGACUUGCUGCUCCGCGGCUCCCCGGAGGAAUGCAGGUCCGAGGAGGAGGCGUCCCGCCCCGGGCGGCGGCCGGGAGAGCGGCGGGGACCGGUGGCCGUCGUCAUGCACACCCGGCCGCCCCCGCGCCGCCGCUGAGCCCGCCCCGAGGUGGACCCCGGGGCCCGCCCGGCCGGCCGCACCAUGAGCCACGGGCCCAGCCCCCGGCUGGCCGAGUCUCCGCAGCUGUCCAAGGGCAGCCUGCUGACCAUCCUGGGCAGCCCGUCGCCCGAGCGCGGGGGCCCCGCCGACUCGCUGCCGCCCACGCCGCCCAGCGGCACGCCCUCGCCGGGGCCGCCGCCCGCGCUGCCGCUGCCGCUGCCGCUGCCGCCGCCGCCCGCGCUGCUGGCCGACGGGGACUGGGAGAGCCGCGAGGAGCUGCGGCUGCGGGAGCUGGAGGAGGCGCGCGCGCGGGCGGCGCAGAUGGAGAAGACCAUGCGCUGGUGGUCCGACUGCACGGCCAACUGGCGCGAGAAGUGGAGCAAGGUGCGCGCCGAGCGCAACCGCGCCCGCGAGGAGGUGCGCCAGCUGCGCCAGCGCCUCGACGCGCUCACCAAGGAGCUGGCGGGCGCGCGGCGCGAGCGCCAGGAGGCGCAGGGCGAGUGCGAGGCGCGGGGCCGCGAGCUGGCGCGGCUGCGGGGCGCCCGGGGGGCCGCCGACAGGACGCCCGACGGGCCGGAGCCCGAGCCCGAGCCUGAGCGGGAGCAGGAGCCGGUGCGCGACGUCGGGGCCGAAGCGCCCGCCGGCAGCCAGGAGCUGGAGCUAGUGGAGAGCCUGCUGAAGAACAGACCAGAGGAGCCUGAUGGCUGCUGGGAGGCACGAAGCAUGGGGGCCGGGGUCCCACGGAGCAGCUCAGGCCGCCAGGAGCGCAGCCGGCUACCCUGGGAAGACACAGCCACCAUUGAGGAGGAUACAUCCAAGUUGACUGCCCUGCGGCUGCGGUUGGAUGAGUCCCAGAAGGUGUUGCUCAAGGAGCGAGAGGAUAAACUGACACUGAGCAGGAACAUUGAGAAGCUGGAAGGGGAGCUAAGCCAGUGGAAGAUCAAGUACGAGGAGCUGAACAAGACCAAGCAGGAAAUGCUCAAGCAGCUCAGCAUCCUGAAGGAGGCCCACCAGGACGAGCUGGGUCGCAUGUCCGAAGACCUGGAGGACGAGCUAGGUGCACGGUCCAGCAUGGACAGGAAGAUGGCUGAGCUGAGGGGUGAGAUGGAGCGGCUGCAGGCAGAGAACGCCGCUGAGUGGGGUCGCCGUGAGCGGCUGGAGACUGAGAAGCUAGGCCUGGAACGGGAGAACAAGAAGCUGCGGGCACAGGUGGGGGACCUGGAGGAGGCACUGGCCCGACGGCGGAGGCAGACGGCCAGCGCACUGGACUGUGACCUGCGGGCCAGCCAGGCCGCACUUUUUGAGAAGAACAAGGAGCUAGCAGACCUGAAGCACGUGCACGCCAAGCUGAAGAAGCAGUUUCAGGAGAAGGUGGCCGAGUUGGCACACGCCAACCGGCGAGUGGAGCAGCACGAGGCAGAAGUGAAGAAGCUGCGGCUACGGGUGGAGGAGCUCAAGAAGGAGCUGGCCCAGGCCGAGGACGAGCUGGACGAGGCCCACAACCAGGCACGUAAGCUGCAGCGGUCGCUGGACGAGCAGACAGAGCAGAGCGAGAACCUCCAAGUGCAGCUGGAGCAUCUGCAGUCCAGGCUCCGCAGGCAGCAGCAGAACGCACCCCUCUUUGGGAAGAUCCGAAGUGCUCGCUUCGGCACCGAGGAGGCUGGGGAUGGAGCCAGUGACCUGGAUGAAGACGAGGACCUGCAGAUCCAAGUGGCCUAGAGCUGCCACUCUAGGACCAGCCUGUGACCACAGGCCCCUUGGUGUCCGGGCUGACCGGCCGCUCCAGCCGAGGCAGCUGCCAGUGCUCCCUGCCAUGGCUGUCUUCCUCCUCUCCCAGGGUGGGCGCCAAUGAUCCUGCUCUGGCAACACCCCGUGGAAGGGAAGCCGUGGCCUGUGUUUUAUACAUGUACAUAUGUGUGCGGGGUCCUUGGACCCAUUUGGUCUUAUAAACACGGGACCACUCCAAGGCCUGGUCUCAGCACCCUGUUCCACCAAGGACCUUCAUGCAGGGGUGAGGGGGAUGUCAAAGGGGGCCAUUGCGGCCUUGACCCAGGCUCCCUCUCUGAACCUUGGGGUCAGGGAGACCUGUUUACAGUACAAUGUGAUAAACCCAGUCUUUUGUAAUAAAUGGAGUUUGGGUUCUUGGGGCAGAGUCCUGAGAGUGUGGCAGGUGUGGGUAGGUGAUGUAGGGGCGGCCUGAGCUUGCAUCUAGCACCCAACCUGAGCUCAGGAACGUCAGGUGACUUAAUAAAUGAACGAAUGUGAGAAACAAUGAAUGGAUGAACACUUGAGCUGCUCAGUGUGAGUGUAAGGAAAAGGUAUGGUGUAUGUCUAAUCUGGAGGAGAGGAGGCAACGAUCCUGCACCGGAUGGAUUCAGAUCUCUGCUUCUGCCCCUCACUGGCUGUGCACCCAUGGCGAAGUGACUUGACCUCUAUCAGCCUCCAUUUCCCCAUCUACAAAUUAGGCGCCUCAUACAGCUCUCAUGAGAAUAGGAUGAGUUCAUCUGGAACUCAGGGAAGGUUAGUUGUUACUGAAAUACUUGAAGGUAUGCCCCAGAGAGGAGGGAUUUGCCAGCUGGGCUCUGCCACAGGGAUGAAGUUUAGGCGACCAAAGUAGGUAUAAGCAACAAUAAAUAAAAAGUUCUUUUAUCUUUUCCCCA